AUGGUUCACGAAAUUCCAUACAAAUCGUCAAAACAAUCAGUUCAGCUCCCUCUAUAUUAUCUACUCUCAUUCUUCCUCUCACUCUUUUACUCUCUCUCUUUCCAUAUUUUCGAGAGGCCGCCGGUAUUUCCGGGUCCCGGUGACACGCCAUUCGAGCCUCACUCACCUGGUAAUUUGGUGACCCGUCUGCCCCGAGGCCAAAGCCUCGUAAUGUUCCCUAUAGAACAUCCAAUUGGAAACGGGCUGGAUCCAGAGCGAAGUAGAGUGUCUCAGAAUCUAAGCUCUCGAUUUACGACCAUAGGUCGAUCGAAUGACAGACGCGACGAAGCCAACGUCAACGGCAACAGCGAAUGUCUGAAUCCUCUUGAACUUUUCAGUCUUCCCGUCUUUCGUCGAGCUUUGCCGAAGCUGGCUGUACCAUCAUCGCAUCCCAAAGCCACUGCAAGUCGCUGGCCGGCGCCUGAGCGUCGUCAUCUUAUUCGGCUCUCCGAAGAAGAACCAACAAAGCCGGACCGACUGGUACCUACAGUCAAGGCAACUGGUCCGAUCGACCUGGUUCCCUCGGUACUGUCGGUACCAGCGCCUCAGCAACAGCCGCCGACAUUUGAACGCAGCUAUCGCAAUCACGAAAAGACGAGGAACCUCCGUUCUGACGAGGAGAUCACCUCAAGUCGACCACCUGUCGACAGUUGUCAGGUGAUUAAAUCCUUUUUACCUAUCAGCCUCCGGUGGCCAAGACCAACACCGCCAAUGGGCACACUUUUAUGA